AUGGAACCAGAGUCUGCUGAGCCCGUGGAUAUCAGAGCUCAAGUGCUGCAGAGCACGCUGAAUGAAGUAGCAACGAGGCAUGAAGGCGGGAAGGCCGACAGCACAACCGCUGAGUGCUGUGUCAUCUGCCUCGAGGCCGUGAGUGAGGCAUGUGAGGCAAAGCCAUGUCGCCACAACAACUUCGACUUCAUCUGCCUUGUCAGCUGGCUUGAGCAGCAGUCGAAGUGCCCAUUGUGCAAAGCAGUCGUCAGCGAGGUGUGCUAUGAGGUCGGAGAAUCAGACGAAACAUCCUGGAAGACAUUUGUGGUUCCUGAGAAGCGGGAACCAGCCGCACCAUCGACCCCCCGCAGACCACUCCCACCACGGAGAAACUGGCCAUAUUACAGACCACACCGGCGGCGUCACUACGAAGCCUCAGCCCAGCCACCGACUGAAGAUGAGGAAGUAUCACGGCGACGCGAUGUCUACCGCAACCAGACAUACUCAUUACAUGUUGGGUCGAAUCGCAUGUCCCAGUACCGGGACCUGACGCCCCAGCUUUUCGAACACGACGCUGCUCUGGUGUCACGUGCUAGGAUGUGGCUCAGGAGAGAACUGAAAGUCUUUGAGUUCCUGCACACCCCGUCCGGUACUGGCGACGACGAGCUGGCCCGACGGCGCGCCAAUAACGCCGAGUUCUUACUGGAAUACAUCAUCGCCAUCCUCAAGACCGUUGACAUCCAGGGGAGUCAGGGCCAGGCGGAAGACAUGCUGCAGGAGUUUCUUGGACGUGAGAACACGCGGCUGUUGAUGCACGAGCUAAAGAGCUUCCUGAGGAGUCCGUACACCUCACUGAGGGAUUGGGAUCGGGCUGUGCAGUACGACAGAUCAAAGAAGCGACGAAUAGAUGAUGAUGAAGAUGCUGCGCCGAGCUCAUCGCGCUCUUCCCCGCGACCGAGUGACGCAAGCGGCAGACCUAGGAUACGGGGCGAUUCCUAUCGACCGGUCUAUUCUGAUUCGGACCGCCGUUGA